AUGGCUAAAGAAGUAACCCUAUCUCAAUGCAUAAAAAACUGGGAGCAGAAAAAUGGAAAAAUAAUAAAAGAAGAAGAAGAGGUUAGCUUUAUUUGUCAUAUACCCUUGAUAGAAAAAUUAGACAACAGUAUAAACACAUUAAAAAAAUGUAAGCGUUUGUCCUUAUCGACGAAUCGAAUUGAGAAGUUAAUACCGAUGUCUGAAAAUAUAGAGAUAUUGUCACUUGGAAGAAAUUGCAUAAAAAAAUUUCAGUUUCUUGAAGAUAUAAGUGGAACGUUAAAACAACUAUGGAUGUCUUAUAAUAGUAUUGACAAGUUAGAUAAUUUACAGUCCUUAAAAAAACUGCAGGUCCUUUACUUAUUUCAUAAUAAAAUAAAGAGCACUGAGGAAAUAGACAAGUUGAGCGCUUUGCCUGAAUUGGCGGAAUUAGGGCUUAAGGGAAACCCAAUAUAUGAUGGAAAAACUAACGAGUACAUGAAACUAGUCAUUUUGAAAAAGUUGCCUCAACUAAAAGUUGUAGACAAUGAGACAAUAACAGAAAAACAGAGAAACGACGCACUAACCGUUGAAGUAGUUUGA